CGUGCGCGGCUCCCGGGGCGGCGCCAGCGGAGCCGGCCAAGGGCGGGCGCCCGCCCCCGGGGCGGGAGCGGCGAGGCCAGAAGAGGUGAAGAAAGAGCGGCGGCGACGAGCCUGGGGUGGCGGGAGCCGGCGGGCCGGCCAUGGUGGGCCUCAAGGAGGAGCUGCUGAAGUCCAUCUGGCACGCCUUCACCGCGCUGGACCUCGACCGCAGCGGGAAAGUCUCCAAGUCUCAGCUGAAGGUCCUUUCUCACAACCUGUGCACAGUGUUAAAUGUUCCUCAUGAUCCAGUGGCCUUGGAAGAGCACUUUAGGGAUGACGAUGAAGGACCAGUUUCCAAUCAGGGUUACAUGCCUUAUUUAAACAAAUUCAUCUUGGAAAAGGUUCAAGGAAACUUUGACAAAGUUGAAUUCAACAGGAUGUGCUGGACUCUCUGUGCUAAAAAGAACCUUUCUAAAAGUCCUUCACUGCUAAGUGAUGAAGAUGCAUUUAAAGUAUGGGUUAUUUUUAACUUCUUAUCAGAGGACAAAUACCCUUUAAUUAUUGUUCCUGAGGAGAUUGAAUAUUUUCUUAAAAAGCUCACUGAAGCAAUGGGAGCAGGCUGGCAACAAGAACAGUUUGACCACUAUAAGAUUGCUCUUAACACUAGUCGAGAAGGUCUUUCUGCGUGGGAGCUGAUUGAUCUCAUCGGAAGUGGACAGUUUAGUAAAGGGAUGGACCAACAGACAGUGUCCAUGGCAAUCAAUGAAGUCUUUAAUGAGCUCAUAUUAGAUGUACUCAAACAGGGUUAUAUGCUGAAAAAGGGUCAUAAAAGGAAAAACUGGACAGAACGAUGGUUUGUGCUAAAACCCAAUAUUAUUUCCUACUACAUAAGUGAAGAUUUAAAAGAUAAGAAGGGAGACAUCAUACUGGAUGGCAACUGCUGUGUAGAGGCCUUACCUGAUAAAGAUGGAAAGAAAUGCCUUUUUGUCAUAAAAUGUCUUGAUAAAAGCUUUGAGAUCAGUGCCUCUGAUAAAAAGAAGAAGCAGGAGUGGAUUCAAGCCAUACAGACCACUGUAAGCCUGCUGAGGGCAGGGAGCCCUCCACCCCACAAAGAAGCACGGCAGAAACGAAAAGAACUGCGCCAGAAGUUGUUAGCUGAGCAAGAAGAGCUGGAGAGGCAGAUGAAAGAGCUGCAAGCGGCCAAUGAGAACAAGCAGAAGGAACUGGAGACUGUGCGAAAGCAACUGGAAGCAGCAGCUGCUCGUGCUGCUGAGGAAGAGAAGAAAAGGCUUCAAACCCAGGUUGAAUUACAGGAUCGCUUCAGUUUGGAGCUGGAGAGAGAAAAAAUGGUAAGACAAAAAAUGGAAGAGCAGGUUGCACAGAAAUCAUCUGAACUGGAACAGUAUUUACAGAGAGUAUGUGAACUGGAAGAAAUGUAUAAACAGCUACAGGAAGCUUUGGAGGAUGAGAAGCAGGCACGCCAAGAUGAAGAGACUGUAAGGAAGCUUCAGGCCAGAUUACUGGAAGAGGAGACAGCAAAGAGAGCUGAACUGGAAAAAUGGCACUUGGAGCAGCAACAGACCAUUCAGAUGACAGAAGCAGAAAAGCAAGAGCUAGAAAACCAGAGAAUGAUAAAGGAACAGGCUCUUCACGUUGCUAUGCAGCAACUAGAACAACUUGAACUGGAAAGGAAGGAGGCUCUUGAGCAAUAUGAGGAGGUUAAGAAGAAGUUGGAAAUGGCAGCUAAUAAUACCAAGAGCUGGAAAGAUAAAGUAGCUCAUCAUGAGGGAUUAAUUCGACUAAUAGAGCCAGGCUCCAAGAAUCCUCACCUAAUCACAAACUGGGGCCCAGCUGCCUUCACUGAAGCUGAACUCGAGGAAAGACAAAAGAGCUGGAAAGGGAAAAAAGCCGCUUCUGAAUAACAGCAGUAGCUGAUGGAUCGUUAGUGAGGAGAAGUUCACCUUUGUUCAUUCUGCUUUGCACAGAGCAGCUUCUUGCUUAUACAGAUCUUAGUUUGCUCAGCAGGUUGGGCCUUUCCACAAAGGAAAUACUGUUUGCCACAUAGGAAUGCCUGCUCAGAGCUCAGUAAUCAUGUGUAGUGUCUGAGAGUACUUGUUUUCCCUCACAUUUCUAUAAAUUAUGUUCUUUUAUACUAAACUCUUCAACUGAAUAUUUUUAUUUAAUUUUAUGUAGUGACAGAAUUGUUUCUGUACUAGCCUGUCACAAUCUGAAUGCAGCUACCAAUCAGUCACCUUCAUUCUAAAAAGUGAGGGGAAGCAAUUUUGUCAUGGGUGCAGUCAGUGUAAUUUAAACCCAGGAGAACCC